AUGGCCUGUCCUGUGGUGGACUGGGCUAAUGAUAGAGCAGCAGAAGCUAACGUGCCUCCAGUGUCCACUCGCUCGUCCUCAGAGACGCACAACAACACAUUAGUUACACACAGCAGCGAGAAGUGUUUUGAAGAGGAUCGACCCCAGAGAGACUCCUCCCCCUGGUGUCCGUCCACCUGGUCUGCAGAGAAGAUCCAGAGACCAGAGGAGGAGGAGGAGCACAUAGACACCAGAGGAGGAGGAUCACACCGCUGGGAGGCCCUCUGUGAGUUCACUUCUCUCUGUGUGUGUGUCGUGUCCAAACUGCAGUGUUACUUUGUGGUGACUUGUGGCUGUCCUGCCGCGUGGCUCCCGUCUCUGAGGGGGCGCUCCGGAGACACGGCUCGUCAGGUGUGUGUGUCGCUGACAUGGAUUGAUCUUUCCGUCGCACAAGCGGAGGCCACACACCGACACGCCUCACGGUCCCCAGCCUCCUCACCCUCCUCACCCUCGUCACCCUCCUCUUCCUCCCCCUCCUCACCCUCAGAGCAGCCUUCUGUCCUUGUUAGCAUCAAUGAGACUGAGAAAGACUGA